CCGGCUGUGCGGUGGUAAGUUGGUGUGCUGGGCAGUUGGGGCGUGGUGGUCGUUGGUGCUGCUGCUUACUAGCGUGGGAAGGCGAGUGAACAGGAAGGAUUGGAGGCCGCCACAGCAGAACUGUCUGGCCUUUAGCUCUUCAUCUUUGGUUAAGGAAAUGACCAACCAGUACAGUAUUCUCUUCAAGCAAGAGCAAGCCCACGAUGAUGCCAUAUGGUCGGUUGCCUGGGAGACAAACAAAAAGGAAAACAUUGAAACAGUGGUCACAGGAUCCCUGGAUGAUCUGGUGAAGGUCUGGAAAUGGCGUGAUGAGAGGCUGGAGCUGCAGUGGAGCCUGGAGGGACAUCAGCUCGGUGUGGUGUCUGUCGACAUCAGCCACACCCUUCCCAUUGCUGCCUCCAGUUCUCUAGAUGCUCAUAUUCGACUCUGGGACUUGGAAAAUGGCAAACAGAUGAAGUCUAUAGAUGCAGGACCGGUGGAUGCCUGGACUUUGGCAUUCUCUCCGGACUCCCAGCAUCUGGCAACAGGAACUCACAUGGGGAAAGUGAACAUUUUUGGUGUGGAAAGUGGAAAAAAAGAAUACUCUUUGGACACUAGAGGAAAAUUCAUCCUUAGCAUCGCAUAUAGUCCUGAUGGAAAAUACCUGGCCAGCGGAGCCAUAGACGGGAUCAUCAAUAUUUUUGAUAUUGCAACUGGAAAGCUUCUGCACACGCUGGAAGGCCAUGCGAUGCCCAUUCGAUCCUUGACCUUUUCCCCUGACUCCCAGCUCCUCGUCACGGCUUCAGAUGAUGGCUACAUCAAGAUCUAUGAUGUGCAACAUGCCAAUUUGGCUGGCACACUGAGUGGCCAUGCAUCCUGGGUAUUGAAUGUUGCGUUCUGUCCUGAUGACACUCACUUUGUUUCCAGUUCAUCCGACAAAAGUGUAAAGGUCUGGGAUGUUGGAACAAGGACCUGUAUUCACACCUUCUUUGACCACCAGGAUCAGGUUUGGGGAGUAAAAUAUAAUGGAAAUGGAUCAAAAAUUGUGUCUGUUGGAGAUGACCAGGAGAUCCAUGUCUAUGACUGCCCAAUUUAAACACCAGAUCUUCAGGGCCAGUGCCUCAGACUACGCAGGGUUGAUAGGACAUUCCUCAGCUUUUUUGGCACACUUAAAGUACAGCAUAUAUUGUAGAAAUUUUGUAGAUACAAUAUAAAUUGUUCCUGUUUUAUUGGAAAUGUAACUCAUAUUUUAAUGUAAAUAAAGCAUUCUUAAUGCAACCACC